AUGUCUGCCCCAAAGUCUUCCCACGCAUGGGUUCUGUCCAACCCACCCACCGACAUGCCCGAUGACAGCACUUUCAAGCUUGUCAAGCAGGACCUUCCCGAGCUCAAGGAUGGCGAGGUUCUGGUCAAGACUACCUACCUCUCUAACGACNCCGCCCAGCGUGUGNAGCGUAUGUACUUCCCUCCCGUCGAGCUCAACGCCCCCAUGUCUUCUUUCGGUAUCGCCACUGUCGUCGAGUCCAAGGCCGCCGACUUCCCCAAGGGCUCUCUCGUCAACUGCCUGACCAACUGGCGCGAGUACGCAGUCAUCGACACCACCCUCGGUGCCCCCUACGUCUCCAAGGUCCAGUCCAUCCCCGGCAUCAGCGACACCCACUUCCUCGGCGCCCUUGGCCUGACUGGUGUCACCGCCUACCAUGGUCUCGAGAACGUCAACACCACCAAGGACGACGUCGUUGUCGUCUCUGGAGCCGCCGGCGCCACUGGCAGCAUGGUUGUCCAGAUCGCCAAGAAGCUCAUUGGCUGCAAGCGCGUCAUCGGUAUCGCCGGCACAGCAGACAAGUGCAAGUGGGUCGAGAGCCUGGGCGCCGACGUCUGCAUCAACUACAAGGACGCCGACUUUAAGGACCAACUCAUCAAGCACACUGACGGCUACGUCGACGUCUACUUUGACAAUGUCGGCGGUGAGAUUUUGGAUUUGAUGUUUACUCGUGUCAAGCGCUUCGGCCGCAUCUCUGUCUGUGGCUCUAUCUCGGAGUACAACAACAGCUCUCCCCCUGGCUUCAAGAACUGGUUCGAGGUCAUUGCCAACCGUCUCACCAUCAAGGGCUUGAUUGUGCUUGACGCUGGUGCCCGUUGGCCCGAGAUGAUCAAGGAGCUUUGUGAGGCUGCCGUCUCGGGCAAGAUUCAGGUCGGCGAUGCCAAUGAGACUAUUGUUGACACCAAGUUUGAGGACAUUCCCAAGACUUGGCUCAAGCUGUUUGAGGGUGCCAACACUGGCAAGCUCCUCACUCACAUUGUUUAA